AUGGAUGAAGAUGAUGUACAACAAUUUUCUCUGCGUUGGCACAACCACCAGGUAGAUUUAUGUUCUGAAAUAUAUUUUAAUAUGUUUAUUAUAUUUCAGAACAGUGUGAUUGGUGCGCUUGGCCGUAUGUUGACGACUGGAGCCUUGAGUGACGUCACACUGAGCGCCACCGGUGUAAAUUUGAAGGCACAUAGAAUUGUAUUAGCCGCCUGUAGCCAGUACUUCGCUAAGUUGUUCAAAGAUGUAGAAGCAGAGAACAGCACGUUAGUAGUGGUUUUGAACUGUGAGGCGGAAGAGUUGCGUUUACUUCUGACGUUCAUGUACACGGGCGAAGUGACCGCGGGGCGAAGCGCCCUCCCGGCUCUGUUACAGCUGGCCCGCACGCUCCAGGUGUCAGGAUUAACUGACGCUGAUACGAAUCCUCCUAUUCCACAACCCAUUCCAGAAAUACCAGUCGAACCGAUAUCACCAAUAAAUUUAGAAAAAUCCAAUUCUUCAAUAGAUUUAAUAAAAAACGACGUCAACUUUGAUACGGAGAAAAAAAUCGAUGAAAUUCAAAAAGAACCGGAAUAUUUAAGAGACAUGUUGGAUAAAAAUGACAAUGAUAAGGACAAAUUAAGUAAAUUGGACCAAAUAGUACAGAAUCUUUACAGCACUCAUAGAGUUGGAAGUUAUGCUGCCAGUGUACCGCCUAAUAUUAACAGUUUAAUGGAUCAGGACAGCCGUCGUUCGUCAACUUGUGGUAUAUGUAACAAACGACUCAGCAACCAAUAUAACCUCAGAGUUCACAUGGAGACUCACGCGGGUCGAAGACAUGCUUGUUGUAGCUGCAGUCACGUAUCACGAUCAAGAGACGCUCUCAGAAAACACGUGGCUUACAGACACGGAAGAGGUGCAGUGUGA